CUACAUUAGGCACCAAACAAAAUUCACACUCGAACAGAAUUUACUUUGAAUUACAAUUUUCUAUUACUUAAAAUUACUAACCAUAGGUAGUUUUGAAAUUUUAAGAAAUGAGCAAAGAUAUAGACUAUAUAUCGGAUGUGAAUGAAAGAUAUGCAAUGAUAGAAUACGAGCUGGACGAGAAAUUAAAAAUACUCAAUCAAAAGGAAGCACUCGCAUUGCAACACGAUCAGCAGCACGUUUCAAAGACUAAGCAGAAAAAUCACGUUAGCCUAACACUGGAAACAGCUCGACAGCGUAAUUUCGAAUUACUGAAAUCUCUAGAAGUAUCAAAAGCCCGGCUCCGUUCACGUGCCACUUUCAGUCCAUUGGAGACAAUCUUGCAAAAAGCUAUCGAGAAGUAUCUUAAGGAAACGUCGCUAGUGCCUUGUACAACGAAAAAGGCGUAUGGGCCAACAUACGUAUAAUUGAAAAUUGAUAAUUUUUUUCAACAAUAAACACGUGUUUAUUAUGCAUGAAAGUGUAUGUACAAAAAUAUAUCGAGCAUUGUCGCUUGAAUCAUUUCUAUUUUCUAAAACAUUCCAUGUU